GAGAUGGUCCACAUGUCAAUGCUGACAAACGCAUCACUCUCCCUUCCUUACACACACUCUCCAAACUACAACCAAACCACCAUCCUUUCAACCUUCUACUUUCUCUUUUCUCUCUCUCUCACACACUAACACACACUCAAAAAGUUCUCUCUCUCUCUAUCAUAUGCACUGAAUCUAUAUCCUAAUCGCUACACUUUUUCACGGGUUUCCUAUUGGAUUAUUGUUUCGUGAGAUGAGCAAAGAACGGCCUCCGGAGCCGCUUGAUUUCUUCAUUUGGACGGUUGAGGAUGUUGGCCUUUGGUUAGAGGAAAUAAAUCUGGGCGGGUAUCGCCAAACAUUCAAAGAAAAUGGUGUUAACGGGGAGUAUCUAGAAGGAAUGUCCAUGUUUACAACUGAACAAAUUCUUCGGUUUAUUCGGCGUUGCCACAUGAAAUGGGGAGAUUUCAUAACACUGUGCAAGGAACUUAGAAGGAUUAAAGUUGCUUGCUUGAAGGGGGAGCAAAAAGUGCGGCGGCCAUGGUGGGCCCCAUCUUGCCUAUCAAUAGUCUUUGUGAGGGUGGCAAAGCGUAACAGGCAAUCACGGGUCGUUUCCAUGAAACUAGAACCUUGACUGAACAUGCAAGGGGUAGAGGAUGUAUGAAAUGUUUAAUUAUACAUCCCAUGUAAUCCACCCACUAUAUCCGCACAUGUUGUUUUGUUUCAUUUCUCUUCUUAGAAAUCAAACUAGCAAAGAGUACCUUUUCUGAUGUGUCUUGAAAUGGGGUGUGUGAUCGAGCAUGCGCAAAAGCCAUAUUGUAUCUUAUAUGUUGAUUUUAUUUAAUCGCUUUUGUGUAAAGUUUGCAUAACAAGGAGAUAAAAGUUUGUAUUCUAUUUUGUGUAGAUAUGUUUCUUCACAUCA